AAUUCUGAUUGGCUAUCGUUGUGAGUUCAAGGGUUAGCUUGUUAUGUAGCUAGAGAGGAGUGUGCUAUCUGCUGAAUUAACAGUUGUUCUUACUUCAGUUUAAUGUAACACUCGAUAGCGUGCACAACGGCCUCGUCGCUUACUUAUUUGACCUAUAAUGUACAUUUAUGCGUUUGCUUUGAGCGCUGACGACGUGGACAUGCUAGCAUUAGCUGAGUAGCUUAAUGUUACCUAGCUAGCUAACGUUAGCUAAGGUAGUGACAAGUGCUCUUCCAAAUCACUUAUUGUUUCAAAAGCUGACCUUGUUAACACAGCCAGGUGAAAGACAAAAAUGUCUUCUGUCAGAGCUAUGGCAUCAACCAGGUUUGUGUCGUUGUUCAACGCGAAAGCAGCAGACUCGACCAAAACAUUGGCCAGGGCAGGUUGGAGUGUGUGCUUCAGGAGAAAUUUCAGCACUGCACCUUCAAGACUGCAGAGCUGUAUGUCAGCCUGGGUCAUUGAUCAGUAUGGUACUAAUGGGGUUUUGAAGUUCGCGGAAGAAAUCACCGUCCCCACUGUCAAUUCUCCCAGUGAGGUGAUGAUUAAAGUCCAUGCGGCUAGUCUCAACCCUCUUGAUAUCUCUAUGAGGGGUGGUUAUGGAGCUAAAUUGCUUAAAUUAAGAAGGGAUCCAAUGUCUGUGAUGGACAACAACAAUGAUAGUGAGUUUCCUCUGAUUCUUGGUCGUGAUGUGUCUGGUGUAGUGGUUGACUGUGGAUCGGAGGUUACCCAUUUUGUUCCAGGAGAUGAGGUGUGGGCUGCUGUUCCCCCAUGGAAACAAGGCAGUCUGGCAGAAUUUGUGACUCUAACCGAGUAUGAGGUUUCCCAUAAACCAAAAUUAUUGAGUCACACGGAGGCAGCAUCCAUCCCCUAUGUAGCCAACACUGCUCUGUCUGCAUUUGUUAAUGCAGGUGGUCUUUGCAGAGACAGCUCUUCAAAUAAAAGAGUUUUGAUCACUGGAGGAUCAGGAGGUGUUGGAACAUUCUCUAUUCAGUUAUUAAAGGCCUGGGGUGCCCACGUAACUGUUACCUGCUCUCAGAACGCCGAAGGCCUUAUUAGAGGGCUGGGGGCCGACGAGGUGGUGGACUACACAGCAGGAGAUGCGCAUGAACAGCUAGGAAUGAUGGAAAAGUUUGACGUGAUUUUGGACGGCGUGGGUGGGGAAACGGAGCAGUGGGCCAUAGGCCUGCUGAAGCCCUGGUCUGGGGCAAAGUACAUCACACUGGUAACACCUUUACUCUUCAACACCGAUUCCAUGGGCCUGUUGGGUGGGAUGUUUCAAACUGGAUUCACCCUGCACAGCAAGGCCACACAGAACAUUAUAUCAAGUGGAGUCUUCUAUCGGUGGGGAUUUUAUGCGCCAGAUGGGCCUGCCCUGGACGAAGUCAGCAAGCUGGUGGAUGCAGGGAAGAUCUUGCCAGUUGUGGAGGCCCAGUUUCCAUUUACCCAGGUGCCCCAGGCUUUUCAGAAGUUGGAGCAAGGCCACGCCAGAGGGAAGACUGUAGUCAGGGUGGCUGAAGAGGACGAGAGACAGGCCGAAGAGUUGGUGCAGAACAGGCGCAAAGAGACCGCGGAGUCAGAGCAAGAAGUUCAAGAAAUGGCCAAACAAAACUAGACAGUAAGCAAAAAUGCCAAGAGAAUUUAGCUUUGGGAUUCUUCUCACCUUUACAAGGCUACUCCUGACAGACUGUAUUAUUGUACUGUGGUGCUGCUGUGGUGCAGCAGACUACGAGCGUGACCUGAGCUUGUAAUGGGAGCGGGCCAAAGGCUGUUGCUCUUGCUAAAACUUCCACCUUCCUGUUCUGUCUUGAAGUCUUCACAAGGUGUUUAAGUUAUGCUGCCUUCCUGUAUCAUUUAAGUUACUAUAAAUUAUCAGCCUUGAACUAAUAAAAACCAUUCAGGUCAGCAUCCAACUGGUACAACCAGGCUUUGGGGUAUAUUUUGAUAUAGAUUACUGUAAUGUAUUCAAUAAGGAGUCACAUAAUAAAAUAUGUCUGUUACGAACAUAGUCAGCUGGAAAUAAAUGUGUUUAUCCUCCAGCACCAGUUCAGCACAAUAAGACAUUUGCAUUUGUUUGCAUUUGUCCAUGUCAAGGUUAUUUGAGAACUACCCAUGUCCUGUUGCAUCUCACAUUACAUUGGUAUGCAAAAGUUUGGGCACCCCUGUAAAUUUUCAUGAUUUUCCUUUAUAAAUCAUUGGUUGUCUGGAUAAGAAAUUUCAGUUAAAUAUAUCAUAUAGAAGACACAGUGAUAUUUGAGAAGUGAAAUAAAGUUUAUGAUUUAUGGAAAGUGUGCAAGAAUUAUUUAAACUAAAUUAGGCAUGUGCAUAAAUCAUUUUAUUGAUUUCAAUAGCUUUAGCACUAAUUAUUAGAACUCAAAAUUGGUUUGGUAACCUCAGUGACCCUUGACCUCCAUACACAGGUGAAUCCAAUCAUGAGAAAGGGUAUUUAAGGAGGCCAAUUGUAAGUAUUUCUCCUCUUUGCAUCUUCUCUGAAGAGUGGCAACAUGGGAGCCUCAAAACAACUCUCAGAUGACCUGAAAACAAAGAUUGUUCAACAUCAUGGUUUAGGGGAAGGAUACAGAAAGCUGUCUAAGAGAUUUAAGCUCUCAGUUUCAACUGUGAGAAAUUGGAAGACCAGAGGCACAGUUCUAGUUAAGGCCCGAAGUGGCAGACCAAGAAAAAUCUCAGAUAAGCAGAGGCGCAGGAUGGUGAGAACAGUCACAGUCAACCCACAGACCAGCUCCAAAGACCUACAACAUCAUCUUGGUGCAGAUGGUGUCACUGUGAAUCGUUCAACUAUUCAGCGCACUUUACACAAGGAGAUGCUUCAUGGACGAGUAAUGCAGAAAAAGCCUUUUCUCUGCACACGCCACAAACGGUGUCGCUUGAGGUAUGCUAAAGCACAUUUGGACAAGCCAGCUUAAUUUUGGAAUAAGGUGCUGUGGACUGAUGAAACUAAAAUAGUUAUUUGGGCAAAACAAGGGGCGUUAUGCAUGGCAGAAAAAGAACACAGCAUUCUAAGAAAACCACUUGCUACCUACAGUAAAAUGUGGUGGCGGCUCCAUCAUGCGGUGGGGCUGUGUGGCCAGUGCAGGGACUGGGAAUCUUGUUAAAGUUGAGGGUCGCAUGGAUUCCACUCAUUAUCAGCAGAUUCUGGAGAACAAUGUCCAGGAAUCAGUGACAAAGUUGAAGUUGCGCAAGGGCUGGAUCUUUCAACAACCCUAAACACUGCUCAAAUUCUACUAAGGCAUUCAUGCAGAGGAACAAGUACAACGUUCUGGAAUGGCCAUCUCAGUCCCCAGACCUGAAUAUUAUUGAAAAUUUGUGGUGUGAUUUAAAGCGGGCUGUCCAUGCUCGGAAACCAUCAAACCUGACUGAACUGGAGAUGUUUUGUAAAGAAGAAUGGUCCAAAAUACCUUCCGCCAGAAUCCAGACUCUAAUUGGAAGAUAUAGAAAGCGUUUAGAGGCUGUUAUUUAUGCAAAAGGAGGAUGCACAAAAUAUUGAAUUAAUUAUUCUUUUGUGGUGCCUAAAUUUAUGCACAUGCCUAAUUUAGUUUAAAUAAUUCUUGCACACUUUCCAUAAAUCAUAUAAACUUUAUUUCACUUCUCAAAUAUCACUGUGUUUGUCUCCUAUAUGAUAUAUUUAACUGAAAUUUCUUAUCCAGACAACCAAUUAUUUAUAAAGGAAAAUCAUGAAAAUUUACAUGGGUGCCCAAACUUUUGCACACCACUGUAUGUGAGUGUAGCUUACAGUAAGUAAGCUGAACAAAAGUUAACCAUUCAAAAUUUGGGCAGAAACAAAAAGAAAUCUGUAGCAUUUUGCCUUUUAGUACAUUGUUGUAAACCAAGUGCAACCGUAUGUGCUGUACAAUGUAUUAAAGAAAUGUAUUGACAAAAAUACUUUUAUUACCAUUCUGAAAACAAAGGUUUGCUGUAUCAUUUUGAUUAAACAAAGAAAAAAAGACA